CAACGCUCCAGUGUGGACGUACACAGCCGCGCGUUUCACAUCACACAUUGAUCGUUUGCAAGUUUGACCAUCUCCAAGAAGAAGUGAUAUUCCUUAACUUGGACUUCAUUAUACCCAAGACAUUUUUUUCGUGUAUGCACAGCUAUCUUUGAGUAGCAUCCACCUUUUGUGUGCACUUUGGUAGUUGUUUGAAAGAUCUUGUCAAGGGUUCUCACUGGAAUCACACGAAGAAAGGUAUAUUGGAUGAAGUUGUGUGUGUCUCUCAAACCCUGCCGCGGCAUGUUGAGCAGUAUGGAGGUUUCUUAACGGCCACCUGAACAUUUCGUUUCAAGACUGAUGCCCGGCACAUUCGGAAAGUAGAAGAAGGCGUUUCAUCUGGGCAGGAGCUCAUUAACCGCCUGAGAUGUCCAGCUCCAUGGAUAAUAUGUCCGUUUACACCGCAAACACAACGGAGGACAAUCCAUUCCCCCAACCAUCGUACAUCGUCGUGACGGUCAUGCUGGUCGUCUACAGUGUAGUGGGGGUAUUCGGAAAUGCUAUCGCAUUUUACAUUUUCUUUCGUCGACGAGAUAAGUCAACCUCAGUGAUAUUCAUUCUUGCCCUGGCGGGAUGUGACUUCUUCACGUGUCUAGUUAUUAUUCCAUACACAAUCGCAUUUGAGAUGUUACGAUCUGUUGUGGUGUACGACGUUUUCUGUAAACUCUUUAUGUUUUUCCAAACAUCAAACAUUCCCUUUUCUGCAUGUAUUAUGGUAGCCAUAGGCUUUGACAGGUACUUCUGUAUCUGCCAUCCUUUCUUACACGCAUUUACCAUUGCAAGAGCUAAAAUAACUGUUGGAUGUCUUGCACUGAUGUCAAUAACGUUCGGCACACUCACCUCCCUGUCAUUUGGUGUGUAUGGAAAUGAAUACAUGAACAUGACCGCAUAUGCAAAUGUAACAUUGAACCUGACGGAGACCGAGGUGAUUCACUAUUCUGCCCAGGAAGCGCCGGUUAGAGAACCCGGUACGUACGUUAUACCUGACAUGCCAACACAAUAUGAAAACAUUACACAAUAUGAGAUUUCUGAAAUUAGAGUUGUUUACACCGGACAAUGUGGAAUGAACGAGUUCAUUGUUAGCGAAGAAUUCACGAAAGGCUAUCAAAAGGUAUAUACUGCUGUGUACAUAAUAUCGUUCAUAGCAGUAGCAGUACUUUAUACUCUUAUCUACAAGUCAAUUCUUAUGAGACGAGCCAAAAAAGCCAAGCGUAAGAAGAGGAGUCACUAUCACAGUGUAGCCGGAGCUGAAGGGGCUGCGGGGGAAACACAAAUGACAACCAUCAAUGGCAAUGCAAGUGCUGAAAAAAAUGAUAUUCCACAACAGAAUCAAACCCAGGCCGGUUCCAAGGGGUCCGUUAAACGACAAAGCACAUUACGCGAGACAAACGUUUAUGCCAACAUCAAAACGGCAGCCAUGUUGUUUGUAGUUACGUUGGUGUUCAUCAUCGCCUUCCUGCCUUCCUGGCUGAUGGCACAUGGACUCUUGCCCUUCAACCUUGUCGUAUUUUACAUGUAUUUUACUUACAAUGUAGUUAAUCCUGUAAUUUACGCCUUCAUGAACCAAACAUUUAGAGAAGAUUUAAAACGUCUUAUACCUUUUGGUAAAUGAGAUGAGUAAAGGAGCUGUAUUCAUGGUCUUGGUUUUGUGACGCUUUGCUAUCUUUUAUCAUGCAUAUUGAGACCGACUGGUUUUAGAUAAUUAGAAAUUUGAAUAUUUUUCUUUUGGCUCUUAUGAUUGCUUAAUUAAAUGUAUCUUAAAGGUCGUAAUACGUUUUCUUUGCAAUAAACGCCAUUGAUAUUUCACACAUUGCUUGUCUACCUGAAACUUUCAGUAUUUCCUUUAUUCUAAACUUAAUAAGUGUGGGAGCUGUUAUAUGGUCCAGCAGCCGUUGAGAACAGAGUGAAGUAAUGUGAGCACUAAUGCCAGACUAUGAAUAAUUGUUAUAUGAUAACCAUGCUGCCAUCAGACAUCACUGCCUCUGAUCAGUGGGUACGUAUGUAUGUAAGCAUGUAUGUAUUUUGUAUAGGAUACACGAUGAAGAGCUUCUUAAAGUCAUCACACAAUGUGAAGGAUGGUUUAAGUAUCUUUGAUAAAAUGUUCUGUGACUAUUUAUUAUCAUGUAUUUUCUUACUGAUCUGAAAAUCAUAGUGUCAUAU